AUGUAUUAUUUAAUAGGGUGUCUCAAGGGCGACGCGGCGGAGGCGUUACGUGGUAUUCCGGUGUCCGCAGAUAAUUAUGUGCUCGCAUGGUCCGUUUUAUCCGAGCGGUUUUAUCGACCGCGAUUAGUUGCUACGUCAUUAGUUGACAAAUUGUUAAACUCGCCGUCUAUGUCGCAGGAGUCGUUAUCGGACCUUAAUAAUUUCGUAAGCACUUUUAACGAAGGUAUUUCGCUACUCGAAGCGCUCAAUGUACCGAACAUGGGCUCUUUCAUUUUAUUCACGGUCGCGUUCCGACGUUUACCUGUAGCUACGCGUAAAUUAUUCGAGUCGGAUAGUAAGGCGGAGUAUCCGUCAAUUGGCGAAUUAUUAAAAUUUGUCCGUACGCGCGUGUCGAUAUUGGAAGUCAUUAGUGAUCCGCCGAAGGUUGGUACCUCUGCCGCGCAAGCAUCCAAGGCGGGCAAGCCGUCAGGUAUAGCGCGCAAGGUGGGAGAUUACGUCGGGAAGUCGAACGGUCCCCGGCCGAUGUCGUUCGUAACGGCUAAGGGGGACGCGACUUGUCCGUGUUGUGCCGAAUCGCACGCGUUAGGCAUUUGUGCGCGUUUUAAGUCGUGGUCGGCCAAAGGUCGUACCAAAUGGGCCCGUGAGAAUCGUGUGUGUUUUAAUUGCUUAAAUGUUGGUCAUAGGAUUCAAAAAUGUAAGUCGAAGCCUAAUUGUAAGGAAUGUUCGCGCAAGCACCACACGCUUCUACACUUGUCACCCGACGAGCUGCAGGGCGGGGAGGAACCACCACCGGUCGAACCGGCGGUGUGUGCGUCUGUUGUGAAUCCCCCGUCCCUCCACCGGUCGUCCGCUGUUGUUUUAGGUACCGCGCUCGUGCACGUGCGAGAUAACACCGGUUCGGUGAAAACAAUGCGUGCGUUAAUAGACAGCGCGUCGCAGAUCAGCGCCGUUACCGCCGCGUGCGUAAAACGACUAGGUUUAAAAAUAUCGCGGUGGACUGCACCGAUAAGCGGGUUGUCGGGGACAACAGUCGCUGAAGUUCAAGGUCAGGUUGAGUGCAUAGUACAGCCGCGUUUCGCGUCUGAUCCGAUUCUGCCGGUGCAGGCAUGGGUGUUACCAACCAUCACGACCGAUUUACCUCAAAAGUCAUUAUCAAUAGAUAUUAAGAAUCGAUAUUCUAAUCUCGCGCUCGCGGAUCCAUCCUUUCAUUUGACGUCGCCGAUCGACUUGUUGUUAGGAGGGGACGUGUAUGGUUCUAUCAUGGACGGGCGUAAGGUGUCGAUCGACAGUACAUUACCUACUGCUUUUAGUUCGGUGUUCGGCUGGAUCCUUAUCGGCCCGGUUCCCGAACGAGCAAAUGGUUAUUAUCAGUCGUUGCCGGUGUCAAUGACCGCGUCGAUAGAGUGGAUAAUGGAGCGCUUUUGGCACGUCGAGGAGCCCGAGGACGCGCCCGUUACGUUUACCGAGGAGGGGUGCUGCGAACAGAUAUUCCGCGACGAAGCUACGCGUUUGACAUCAGGUCGCUUCGCGGUUCCGUUACCAUUUCGCGCGCCGGCAGAAACUUUCGUUGGGUCUCGCGAGGUAGCUACACGGCGUUUUGACGCUAUCGAGCGUAAACUAUCUGCGAGUCCCGUAUUAAAAUCGUUAUACGUUAAUUUUAUGUCUGAAUAUAUCGCAUUAGGACACAUGUCAGUGGCGACUUCCCCGGGGCGAUAUAUAAUCCCCCACCAUGCUGUUUACCGUCCGGAAGUCGAUCCUAAUAAAAUUCGUGUAGUAUUCGACGCGUCCGCGCGAUGUUUUCGCGGACCGUCGUUAAAUGAGUGUUUGUGGCCAGGCCCAAAAUUACAACAGGAUAUUGUGGAUGUUCUAACUCGUUUUCGCGUUCACAAAUAUACGUUUACUACGGACAUCUGUAAGAUGUACCGUCAGAUUUUAAUUUUGCCGGAAUAUCGCAAAUUCCAACAUGUGUUGUGGCGCGCGUCGCCGCAUGAUGAAUUGCGUGAAUAUGAGUUGCACACCGUGACGUACGGUGUGAAUUGUGCCCCGUAUCUCGCCUUACGCGUUUUGCAGGCCAUCGCGUCGACCGAUUGCGACGGUUUAGAUUCUGUACGUAACGCGCUCGAGUACCAAACGUAUGUCGACGACAUUUGUGACGGCGCUGACACGAUUUCCGACGUGUUGAAACUUCAGUCGGAUUUGGUCUCUGUUUUAAGUAAGUCAGGUUUAGAGCUCAAGAAAUGGGCCUCGAACACGCCGGCCGUGUUGCAAGCUGUUCCGGCCGCCGAUCGCGCGUGCGCGCCAAUGCCGUUUGGUGAUGACGACGGAUACGGCACUAAGGUGUUGGGUCUGGCGUGGCAUCCCGACCAAGAUUAUUUUUGUUGCGCGUUAAGUCUCGAACCGUCGCCUGUCUUUACGAAGCGCGGUAUUUUAUCGCUUGUUGCUCGCAUUUUUGACCCGUUAGGUCUUUUCGGUCCCGUGGUGUUUCUCGCGAAAUCGAUCAUGCAGCGGACGUGGCGACACAGUGUCGCAUGGGACGACCCGCUGCCGGACGAUAUUCACGCAGACUGGGCCGCAUUUGUCUCCGAGUUACCGUCGUUAUUAGGUGUCCGUGUACCGCGACAUAUUAACGGCCGUCAAGGCGCUCCCUGUUAUUUGUUAGGAUUUUGCGAUGCGUCACAGGUCGGGUACGCGGCUGUCGUGUACGUGCGGAUGAUAAAUAUCGAAGUGGACAAGUCAGUGUUUCUAAUUGGUACUAAGACCAAGUUAGCUCCGACGAAAGCGUUAACGGUCCCGAGACUAGAGUUGAAUGCUGCAGUAUUGUUAGCCCGUUGGUUAGGUCGCAUUCAAAAAAUAUUAUCGCCGCAACUCGAUGUUGUCGGUUUACGGGCUUAG